AUGGCGCAGACAGCUACUCAGAUGCGGUUCAAGAACCCCGCCAUCUUUGUUUGCGACUUGCAAGAAAAGUUCCGCAACGCCAUCCACGAAUUUGACAAGGUCGUCACCACCACCGAGAAGCUCCUCGCCUUUGCCAAGGCCGCCUCCAUUCCCGUGCACGUCACCACGCAGACGGCCGCCAAGCUCGGCCCGACGGUGCCCAGCGUCGCCGCGCACCUGACCUCUACCCCCGUCGACAAGACCAAGUUCUCCAUGAUGGUGCCCGAGCUCGCUUCCAGUCUGGCGAGCAAGUCGCAGGUUGCGCUCGUCGGCAUCGAGUCGCACAUUUGCAUCACGCAGACGGCGCUGGACCUGCGUGACGCCGGCCACGCCGUCUACGUCGUCGCCGAUGGCGUCAGCAGCUGCAACCGCCAAGAGGUCGUCGUGGCGCUGGACCGCCUGCGCGCCGAGCCGGGCGUCACCGUCACGUCUAGCGAGAGCUGGAUGUACGAGUGCCUGGGCGACGCGUCGCACCCGGCGUUCAAGCCCCUCAUUGGCAUCGUCAAGGGCGCGGGGGACAAUACGAAAAAAGUCCUCGAGAGCCUGCCGCCAAUGCCCAAGAUUUAG